CACACUCCCACAUCUAGGAAGUGGAGGAGUCGGGUCCGAUCGUCGCGUAAACGAGAGGUAAAUACAGCCCGGCAAAGUCCCACCUCUGGACCACAAGUGCUGAAAUAUGCGCAGGUAUCAGGAUCGGAUUUCCACCGGAUCAAGCAGAAGAUCUUCAUGAGACAGCAUGUGCUCAUCGGGGGUCGCGGUUCGGCUUUUACUCCUCGCAUUCAUCCCCUCCGCCGUGUCGGCGGUCCAGAAGCUCACUGUCAGCCCUGAGAGAGGCACCUACCUCAACAUCAGCAGCAGUCGGGUCAACGAUUGCGGAGUGUGCACAGGGGCCGGACUCUUGCAAAGGUGCGGGCCAUCCCUUAUGAUUAAAGACGGCCCUCCUGUCUCAAUAGCGUUUCAAUGCUCCAGACCUCAAGAUGUAUUCAGUGUGGAAAUUGUGCGAAAUAUAGAAUGUACAACAAAGUUGUGCAAUGGCCACAUCAUCCAGGCUGACUCCGACUCACUUCCCUUCCUGGAUUUUAGCCGCAAGUUCACCUGGAACCUCAAGGCGUCUGCGCCGAAUGCAUUCAAAAUAGACUUCAGCAACUUUGGCGUGAGACAGAUCAAUCCAUCGGAGAGGUGUCCAGACGGACACAGUUACACCCUCUGGGCCCUUCAGGCCACAGGCGACGUGGCUGUAGGCAAAUACUGCACAAUGGGACCUGUCCGUAGUGCUCAGAUACUUAAUGACGGGAGCUUUUCUCUGGACGUCCCACCGGGGCAGAAGCUGCAAAAUAGCCAGUUCGAUGUGUCAGUCGGGGAGGAAAUCAAAUCUCUUGCAAAAAUCACACUGUCGUUCCCAAAAGGGACCUCGUCCUCCGAGUUGCUCUCUCCGAACUACCCGGACAGUUUUCCCGACGACGACUUGAUGGAGUGGUACGUUCAGGUCCCGGACAAACACAAGACCGCCAUCCAGUUCUUGAAUGUCUCAGAGCCCCGUUGUCUGAAGAAGGAGGCAGGGGUGGAGUACCACGGCAAUCUCAGAGCGGCGGUGCUGCUGAGUCUGACGGAGCCGCAGCCCACCCAAAUUCCGGGAAAGUUCACCUUCAUGCUGAGGAACUGCGAGAUGGACACAAGACAUGCUGGUUCUCGCGGGCUGUUGCUACACUUGAAGGUCUCUGCUUCAAGUGCAACAUCAUCAGUGUCGUGUGACGUGGAUAUGAACAACAUGGAGGGCCUUUCUCUUCACAUCGAGAGGCUGAGACCGGCCUCUGGCUGUGAGAUGAAAGUAAACUCUGUGCCCAAGGAGAGGAUCGCCAUCACAGGGAGGAGUUACCUCACUUUCCAGGACUGCGUUCCUGAAGAGCUUCAUAUCACCGCCAUGAGAGUCAUAGAGUGCGGUCAACUGAAGGACUGCCCGACGAGGCCGGCCCGUCUGCUGGUGCCCGCGCUGCCGACCUGCCUUCCCGCCCCUCUCAGCAGCGUGACCUGGACUCUGCGGCCCCCUCAGCGCGGCGCCGUGGAGCUGAGCUCUCCCACCGACCUCCUAAAGCAGUCUCUGCCCGGGCAGCAGUGCAACGACGGCUUCAUCAUCCGCGUGGCCGAGGACGACGGCACUACUGUUGGACACUUCUGCCCCGAGGGAGCCAUACAGAAGGUCCAGCUCCACACCAACGUGUCCGUCACCGUGUCCGCCGUGGACGACAAAGGACUGAGGACGCCCUUCCGGCAUCUUCUUGAUGCCAUUUUUAAAGCGGAGAUAUCUGAGAGAUACAUAUUCACUGUAUCUCCAGAGACGGACACUCCCGUCCUUUUGGCUACUCCCGGUUGGCCGGCAGGCAUGAAGUCUUACUCCACCGUCUCCUGGAUUGUCUCCAUCCCCCCGACAAUGGACGCUCAGCUGAUGUUUGCCAACCUCAGCCAGCCCAAGUGCAGCAACCGUCACACAAACAUCUGGGUGCAGAGGGUCGGCUUCCUGGAGGAGGAGUACAGCCGCAGGGAGGACGAGGAGCCCGACAGCGAGAUCGCCGUCUCGGGCAGCUUCUACCUGAACAUGUCAAACUGCAUGCCUGAAAAAGGACACUUUGGCGUCAUCACCAAGGUCACCCUGCAGAAAAGCAAAAACCUUCUCCUCACCAUCUUGAGUGUGGUGGCUUCUCUGGUGGUUAUUUUUGUCACCGUGCUGGUAGUUGUCUGUCUUGUGAUCAGGAAGAAGAAGAAGGCGCUGAAUCAUCAUGUGUCCAUCUACAAUCCAAAUGGCACCAGCUUCCUGCCGGGACACAAUGGCUUCCCGAAGACACGCGGGGACAACGAGUCCCACGUGUACGCAUCCAUCGAGGAAACGCUGAUCUACACUGACCUGCUGAGAAAGGGUGCAGAGAUGGGAGUGUACGGAAAGGUCGACACAUACCGGCCCUUCGCCGGCCACACAGACUCACAAAAGCCCCUCGUAGGCGGAGACGCAGAUACAGAGGACAUGCCAGUUGGGGCUUACCAGCAGUUUCAGGCUCCUCCCCUUCCCGUCAGGCCCAGAAGCCACAUGCAAUGCCUGGUGGACAACGUGAUCUACCAGAGUGAAGGUGGAGAAGAGAACUCUCCCAAUCUGGGGCCGCGGCUGGAGCCGGACAGAGGGAACUGAGGAGACGAUUGGAUUCAGCUUUUUGCUUGACCUGUGUACUUUCAUUUUGAGAUCUUCAUUCCCUGGCCUCCUUGUGAUUACCUGCCCUGCUGAAAGCUUUUUGUUUUUCCCUCUCGAGCCUCUCUUUUUGCACCAAGGCCAUACAGACAUAACCCAGCUGCAGCUUUUACCUCGAUUUAAUCUUCGAAGAAAUCUGAUCACUUUUUACCUGUUUUGCUACUAUAAAAAAAAUCUACGUUUGGUAAAUCAAAUGUUUUUCUUUGAUAUAUUUUAUACAUAUGUUUUUUUCUAUUCAGGCGCAAACUUAAAUGUUUACAUGCAUAGAUUCUCAUUUUCCAUCAGUAAACGGACAAAUAGAGAGGACCUCGCUGCUGUUGGGACGCACUUCACUUUUACCGCAUCAUUGCAACAUGAUGACCUUUUUAUUGCAGGAGAUUGUAACCGCAGUGUUGUUUAGCACUGCUUCUGCACCUCUUAGUGUUAUAGAUGCUGUGGUAUUACACCCCAAAUGUGCCUUGCAUGGAGCAUAAUGCACCUCUGCUAAUACAGUUUAGUAUCUUAGUUGUUUUUAAUAAAAAAAAAUGUCUUUUAUUGGACCCAUACUUUUGGGAAGUUGUAGACUGAUCUGCUGCUACCAAAUCCAUGUGUUUCUGUGGUCGUUCAAGGACUUUUUCAUACUCUACUUUUGUCUCGUGGAAAAUGAGAUUUGCUAGUCGCAGCCUAUAUUUCACGCCUUGUUCUGAAGACCACAGAUCCCUUCUGACAUCAAACUAGAAUCCUUGUACAAACCUAAAUGCUGAGCUAUGGUGAGCUAAAAGUUAUUUUUGUUGGUUGACUGAAUUGUGUUAUUAAUAAUGAGUAGCUUUUAAAAGCAGGACUGUGCAAGACAUAUUAUUAAACAAAAUAAGUGUGUCUUGUAUGUUGUUGUGAAGACUGACUCAGUCAUUCGGUUUGGAACAACACAUGGAUCUAAAAGGUCCAAACCACAGUAAGUCUCAGUCAAGACCAAGUGAUAUGUGAUUGAAAAUAAUAACUGCAUGUUAAUCUUUUAUUUAAGGUAUCAAUUUCGACAAUAUGGCUGCUUAAGAAGAUGGCAGCAUAUUGAUUAGAACAUUUGAACUAGUUGUCAUUUGUAGAAAAGUGGUAAUAAAGUUUUUCAAUUAAACUACUCUA